CUUUACUCCCACCUUUGAAAUAAAACCCCAUUCCCUCCUCCCACUUUUUGUUCCAACGAAGCAAGAGAGAAAACAACUUUCAUUUGCACUCUCUUCUUCUUUCUUCUUUUCAUUAUUCUCCCUUCAAAAUAACUCACCUUAACAAACAAACACACGCCCGCCUAUACCCUUUUCUUGUUCCAAACCAAAUUCUAGUAGCAACAACAACAACUCUAUAUCACAAACAUUGUUCUCCAUUUGUAAAAACUGAAAUGGAACUUGCUUUGAGCUUAGGUGACACACCAAAAUUACCCUUCUCUUUUCUUGACAAACCCACCAAAGAUCCACUACCACCAAGUUUCUUCUCCGAAGAAAAAACAAGUUCCUCAGAUCCACCUAUUCAACUUGACCUUCUUCCUUUCACUCCUGUUCUUAGAUCUCAUCACCCUUCUUCUCAUCUUCCCAUUCCAUGGCUCACUCAACCAUGUGGACCGGUGAGGGAGCUAGAUGUAAACCGUUUUCCGGCGAUGACGGAGGAUCUCGACGACGGCGCGUCACUGUCAUCACCCAGCAGUUCGGUGUCUCCGUUUCCUAUGGAUUUCAGUAUGAGGAAUAACAAUGCUGAAUAUGGAGGAAGAAACAAGAGAGACAAAGAAGGUGACUCUGAAAGAGUGAGUGAUGAUGAUGAAAACGGGUCAACUCGGAAGAAACUCAGACUCUCUAAAGAUCAAUCAGCUUUUCUAGAAGAAAGCUUCAAAGAACACACAACCUUAAAUCCAAAGCAAAAACUUGCACUGGCAAAACAGUUGAAUCUCAGUCCUCGUCAAGUUGAAGUUUGGUUUCAAAACAGAAGAGCCAGGACGAAGUUGAAGCAAACGGAAGUAGAUUGUGAGUAUUUGAAGAGAUGUUGUGAGACAUUAACAGAAGAGAAUAGAAGAUUACAAAAGGAACUUCAAGAGCUUAGAGCUUUGAAAACUACUCAACCAUUCUACAUGCAACUUCCAGCUACCACUCUCACUAUGUGUCCUUCUUGUGAACGCGUGGCUACAAACCCUUGCAACAAUCAAACCAACAAGACAAGAGGGUUGCCUUUCUCUAAUGCCCAAGUCCAACAACAGGCCCAAGCCCAAGUUCAAGCCCAUCAGAUUCCUUCAUGAUAAUAUUAUUUUCAAAUGGUCACUUUUUUUAUUUGUUUUUUAACAUAAUAUAUAUGAUAGAUAAUAUCAUAGAGGAUGACAAGAUUUAGUUUCACUAACCUAUUUUGUGUA